AUGCCCGGUUAUGGUUAUAUGAGGGUGACCCCCUCCUGCCGUCUGCACUGCUGGACCGGCAAUGUCUGGUUACUUUAUUAUACGGCUAACCACUACGGCAUUACUGUACCUAGAGUGUCCGAUUAUGUUCAGACUGAGGAUGACCCCCUCCCCUGCUGGCCCAUACUGCAUGGUAUGCUUGUGCUUGUUGG